CGUCAUCAGCCUUGUUCUCGCUUCAUUUUUGAUGCUACUCGACACUUCCAUCGUUAGCACGGCUGUGCCAGCUAUUUCGGAUGAGUUUCAUGCUCUGCAGGAUGUCGGCUGGUAUGCGGCAGCGUACAAUCUUGGAUCAGCCGCACUGCAACCUCUCACUGGCAAGAUCUAUAACUGUUUCCGUCUAAAGUGGUCCUUCUUAACCUUCUUCCUCAUCUUUGAGGUCGGUUCUGUGCUGUGUGGAGCUGCGCAAUCGUCGCCAAUGCUCAUUGUUGGUCGCGCGAUAGCUGGAGCCGGAGCAUCAGGUUUGCUCAGUGGAUCCAUCAUCAUUGUAUCCAGCUGUGUGCCUUUACGGAGACGUCCACCUUUGAUUGGAACAAUUCAAGGAGUUGCCCAAAUGGGAACUGUCAUUGCGCCCCUGGUUGGAGGAGCCUUCACUUCCGGUGUAACUUGGCGAUGGAGCUUCUACAUCAACCUUCCCUUUGGCGCCAUUGUGUCUAUCCCAAUAAUAUUCCUCCGUAUCCCUGAACAGAUACAGAAGAAACCCGCGAGGGAAAUACUCUCCAGGCUUCAUCGGCAUCUAGAUCUUGUGGGAUUUGCGCUUCUUGCUCCAGCUGUCGUGCAACUUCUUCUUGCGCUUGAAUUUGGCGGGAACCAGUUUCCUUGGAACUCUUCUCAAGUAAUCGGUCUCUUUGUUGGCGCUUUUGCCACCUUCGUCGUCUGGAUCUUCUGGAACAGAUACAAGGGCGAUGAGGGCUUACUCCCCUUUUCUAUGAUGAAGCGAAGGGUUAUCUGGGCAAGCGCUUUGAACUACUCUUUCCAGAUGGAAACACUCUUCGGCACAUCAUAUUGGCUACCGAUUUACUUCCAGGCCGUCAAGGGUGUGAGUGCUAUAUUGAGUGGAGUUUAUCUCUUGCCUACUAUCCUAGGUCAGCUCCUUUUCACCGUGCUAGCUGGAGUUCUUGUACCGAGAGUCGGCUACGUCCCCCCAUUCUCUAUUUUUGCAGGUAUUCUCAUACCAAUUGGAACCGGACUGUUCUCAACACUCCAGCCUGAUACUUCAACCGCGAAAUGGGUUGGAUAUCAGUUAAUCGCUAGUUGUGGCAGGGGAGCCGGCUUACAAAUGCCCAUUGUUGCUGUCCAGAACGCGGUUGAUCAGAGGGAAUUAUCUACGGCUAUGGCAUUUCUCCUCUGGGCGCAGUACAUUGGCCCUACCAUAUUCCUGACGCUGUACAACACCAUUUUCUCCACCAGUCUUCGAAGCCUGGUGCCACAGAUAGCACCAAACGUUGAUGCAUCGGCCGUUGUAGCCGCCGGUGCCACAAGCUUCCGUGAUCUCGUCAGUCCUCAAGACCUCCCAAGUGUUUUGGUCGCCUACUCGGACAGCAUAGAUAACGUAUUUUACCUUGUUGCCGCUGCCGGUGUGGGAGGAUUCUUUGCCGCUUGGGGCAUGGGCUGGUAUGACAUUCGGCAGAAGAACCGAGAAUCUCCUGGGGAGCCUCCGGCCGUUGAGGGCUAGAUUCUACAUGGCACAAGACCGGUACUUACACUACGUUGGCAUUAGAGGGGUUGAGUAACAACAG